AUGAGGGUUUUUUGAGGAGGCAUUUACCAUAUUGACUGUAACUACUGACUUUUUUCAAUACUCUGUUUAAUUUCCCCUUUUUGCCCCACUGUAGUUGGUGUCAUGCAAGAAUCUGUUUACAUUGACUAAGGAUAUUGGAAGAGUGAAGAUCAGAGGAUUUUAAGUCUGAAAUUUGGCAUCACUGCCCUUAACAAUAUAACCUUAUUUGGUGUAAACUACUCAUACAGCUCCUGUGUCAAAAUUCAAGAAAAUCUGACAUAAAUGAACAACAACACAACAUGUAUUCAACCAUCUAUGAUCUCUUCCAUGGCUUUACCAAUCAUUUACACCCUCCUUUGUGUUGUUGGUCUUUUUGGAAACUCUCUCUCUCAAUGGAUAUUUUUAACAAAAAUAGGUAAAAAAGCCUCAACGCACAUCUACCUGGCACACCUUGUGACUGCAAACUUACUUGUGUGCAGUGCCAUGCCUUUCAUGGGUAUCUAUUUCCUGAAAGGUUUCCAAUGGGAAUAUCAAUCUGCUCAAUGCAGAGUGGUCAAUUUUCUGGGAACUCUGUCGAUGCAUGUAAGUAUGUUUGUCAGUCUCUUAAUUUUAAGUUGGAUUGCCAUAAGCCGCUACGCUACCUUAAUGCAAAAGGAUUCCUUGCAAGAUACUACUUCGUGCUAUGAGAAAAUAUUUUAUGGCCAUUUACUGAAAAAAUUUCGCCAGCCCAACUUUGCUAGAAAACUAUGCAUUUAUAUAUGGGGAGUUGUACUGGGUAUAAUUAUUCCAGUUACCAUAUACUACUCAGUCAUAGAGGCUACAGAAGGAGAAGAGAGCCUAUGCUACAAUCGGCAGAUGGAACUAGGAGCCAUGAUCUCUCAGAUUGCAGGUCUCAUUGGAACCACAUUUAUUGGACUUUCCUUUUUAGUAGUGCUAACAUCAUACUACUCUUUUGUAAGCCAUCUGAGAAAAAUAAGGACCUGUACAUCCAUUACGGAGAAAGAUUUGACUUACAGUUCUGUGAAAAGACAUCUUUUGGUCAUCCAGAUUGUACUAAUAGUUUGCUUCCUUCCUUAUAGUAUUUUUAAACCCGUUUUUUACAUUCUACAGCAAAAUGAUAACUGUCAGCAACUGAAUUAUUUAAUAGAAACAAAAAACAUCCUCACCUGUCUUGCUUCAGCCAGAAGUAGCACAGACCCCAUUAUAUUUCUUUUAUUAGAUAAAACAUUCAAGAAGACACUGUAUAAUCUCUUUACAAAGUCUAAUUCAGCACAUAUGCAAUCACAGGCUUGACUUUUGAAUGGAAAACCCACAAUAUAGAAAAGCAUUCCUGUGACUUUAUUAGGGAUGUUAAACUACAUCAUUAACAUGUCACAGUUUAGAUGACAAUAGUCACCAAGAAAAUCUCUUUGGUUUUUAAAAAUAAAUAAAUAUAUAUUCAUAAAACUCAAAAAACAGUUCUACUUAUACUGAAAGUUGAGAUGGCAGAAACUUUCAGAGGCAAAAAUUACGCAUAUUGAAAGGAUCCCACUCAUAUGAAACUAACAGACUACUGUUUAAACUCAACUGUGAGUGCUUCUGUUCAGAACACGUUAUUUCAUGACUAGGAUAAAGAAGCAAAUGGUUUAUGACUUGUCUGCUUUCUGGUAGUUAGAAUACAAGAGUCAAUCUAUGGCCAGUGUUUAUUGGCAAUUUAAAAAUCUUUAAAAAUAAGUACCUGGGUGCAGUGGCUCAUGCCUGUAAUCCCAGCACUUUGGGAGGCCA